AAAAAAAAAAAAAAAAAAAAGGAAGAAAAAAAUCUAGAAACCGUUGGUAUUUUGUUUUGCUGCUUCCCAUUUGCAAGAUGAAGAAGUUUUUCGACUCCCGGCGCGAGCAGGGAAGCUCUGGCCUGGGCUCGGGCUCCAGCGGAGGAGGGGGCAGCACGUCGGGCCUGGGCAGUGGCUACAUCGGAAGGGUCUUCGGCAUCGGGCGACAGCAGGUCACCGUGGACGAGGUGCUGGCGGAAGGUGGAUUCGCUAUUGUGUUCCUGGUGAGGACAAGCAAUGGGAUGAAGUGUGCCUUGAAACGCAUGUUUGUCAACAAUGAGCAUGAUCUGCAGGUGUGCAAAAGAGAAAUCCAGAUAAUGAGGGACCUGUCAGGUCACAAGAACAUUGUGGGUUACAUUGACUCAAGUAUCAACAGUGUGAGUAGUGGUGAUGUCUGGGAAGUUCUCAUUCUUAUGGACUUCUGUCGAGGAGGCCAGGUGGUGAACCUGAUGAACCAGCGCCUACAAACAGGUUUCACAGAGAAUGAAGUGCUCCAGAUAUUUUGUGAUACUUGUGAAGCUGUUGCCCGCCUGCAUCAGUGCAAAACUCCCAUCAUCCACCGUGACCUGAAGGUUGAAAAUAUCCUCUUGCAUGAUCGAGGCCAUUAUGUCCUGUGUGACUUUGGAAGUGCCACCAACAAAUUCCAGAAUCCACAAACUGAGGGAGUCAAUGCAGUAGAAGAUGAGAUUAAGAAAUAUACAACACUGUCCUAUCGAGCACCAGAAAUGGUCAACCUGUACAGUGGCAAAAUCAUCACUACGAAGGCAGACAUUUGGGCUCUUGGAUGUUUGUUGUAUAAAUUAUGCUACUUCACUUUGCCAUUUGGGGAGAGUCAGGUGGCGAUUUGUGAUGGAAGCUUCACAAUUCCUGAUAACUCUCGAUAUUCUCAAGACAUGCACUGCCUAAUUAGGUAUAUGUUGGAGCCAGACCCCGACAAAAGACCAGAUAUUUACCAGGUCUCCUACUUCUCAUUUAAACUGCUCAAGAAAGAAUGCCCAAUUCCAAAUGUACAGAACUCCUCCAUUCCUGCAAAGCUUCCUGAACCAGUGAAAGCCAGUGAGGCAGCUGCAAAAAAGACCCAGCCAAAGGCCAGACUGACAGAUCCCAUUCCCACCACAGAGACUUCAAUUGCACCCCGCCAGAGGCCUAAAGCUGGGCAGACUCAGCCAAACCCAGGAAUCCUUCCCAUCCAGCCAGCGUUGACACCUCGCAAGAGGGCCACAGUGCAGCCCCCACCUCAGGCUGCAGGAUCCAGCAAUCAGCCUGGCCUUUUGGCCAGUGUUCCCCAACCAAAAGCCCAACCCCAACCUAGCCAGCCUCUGCCACAGCCUCAGCCCAAACAGCCACAGGCUCCGCCUACCCCACAGCAGACGCCUUCCACUCAGGCCCAGGGUCUGCCCACUCAGGCCCAGGCUACUCCUCAGCACCAGCAGCAGCUCUUCCUCAAGCAGCAGCCAGCGCAGCAGCCAGCGCAGCAGCCAGCGCCACAACAGCCAGCGGGCACAUUCUACCAGCAGCAGCAGCAGCAGCAGCAGCAGGCCCAGACUCAGCAGUUUCAGGCAGUACAUCCAACAACCCAGCAACCAGCCAUUGCUCAGUUCCCGGUGGUAUCCCAAGGAGGCUCUCAACAGCAGCUCAUACAGAAUUUCUACCAGCAGCAGCAACAGCAGCAGCAGCAGCAGCAGCAGCUGGCCACAGCCCUGCAUCAACAACAGCUGAUGACUCAGCAGGCUGCCUUGCAGCAAAAGGCCGCCGUGGCAGCCAUCCAGCAGCCCCAGGCACAGCCGACUGUAGCCACACAGCCAUCCCCUGCCCAGGAGCCAGCGAUUCAAGCCCCAGUGAGACAACAACCAAAAGUUCAGACAACCCCACCUCCUGCUAUCCAGGGGCAGAAACUUGGAUCUCUCACUCCUCCAUCAUCCCCCAAAACCCAGCGUGCUGGGCACAGGCGGAUUCUCAGUGAUGUAACCCACAGUGCGGUCUUUGGGGUCCCUGCCAGCAAAUCAACCCAGCUGCUCCAAGCAGCUGCAGCGGAGGCCAGUCUCAAUAAGUCCAAGUCUGCAACCACCACUCCAUCAGGCUCUCCUCGGACCUCCCAACAAAACGUUUAUAAUCCCGCAGAAGGUUCUACGUGGAAUCCCUUUGAUGAUGACAAUUUCUCCAAACUUACAGCUGAAGAACUGCUAAACAAGGACUUUGCCAAGCUGGGGGAAGGCAAACAUCCUGAGAAGCUCGGAGGCUCAGCCGAGAGUUUGCUCCCAGGUUUUCAGUCAGCUCAAGGCGAUGCUUUUGCCACUCCACCAUUUUCUGCAGGAACCGCUGAGAAAAGGAAGGGUGGGCAGACUGUGGAUUCUGGCCUCCCACUUCUAAGCGUCUCUGAUCCUUUCAUUCCUCUUCAAGUACCUGAUGCUCCAGAAAAACUAAUUGAGGGACUCAAAUCUCCUGACACUUCUCUCCUGCUCCCUGACCUUUUGCCUAUGACAGAUCCUUUUGGUAGCACUUCCGAUGCUGUAACUGAAAAAGCUGAUGUUGCUGUUGAGAGUCUCAUACCAGGACUGGAGCCCCCAGUUCCCCAGCGCCUCCCAUCUCAGACGGAAUCUGUGACUUCAAACCGCACAGAUUCUCUCACCGGGGAGGAUUCCUUGCUUGAUUGCUCUCUCCUUGCUAACCCUACUACUGACCUUCUGGAAGAGUUUGCCCCCAUAGCAAUCUCUGCUCCAGCCCAUAAAGCUGCAGAAGAUAGUAAUCUCAUCUCAGGUUUUGAUGUCCCUGAGGGCUCGGACAAGGUGGCGGAGGAUGAGUUUGACCCAAUUCCUGUUUUGAUAACCAAAAACCCGCAAGGUCUCCAGAGAGAUCCCCAUCCCUGUCCUGCCAUAACUGUAGAGCACUUUAAAGAAUCCACGGGUGUUAAAGGCCUUCCCUUGUAUCCAGAGCCCUCCAAAGUGUCUGGCACAAAGUCUCAGAACAACUUAGAGUCUGACUACUUGGCCAGGGACGGCCCUUCCAGCAACAGCUCGUUCCACAGCAGUGAGGAGGAAGGGACGGACCUGGAGGGAGACAUGCUGGACUGCAGUGGGUCUCGACCUUUACUCCUGGAGUCUGAAGAGGAGGACGAGAACUGCAAGCCUCCCCAAGGGAAACUGGGCGGGGCCGGUCCAUUCUCUCCACCGGAAGUCGCUACCGAGCAGGCUAAGGUGGUGCAAGGUGGAAGAAAGAACCAGUUCCAAGUCCUCCCACAGCCGGCUGCUGAUGGUCUUGGGGAGCCAGAUGUCUUUGCCACUGCGCCCUUCAGGAGCUCAAGGGUCCCACCUGAAGAUAUGGACAUUUUCUCCAAAGCCCCAUUCAUCUCAAAGGGCAGUGUGGCUCCUUCCCAGCCAGAGGAGGCGGACGUGUUCUUGAGAGCUCCCUUUACGAAGAAGAAGAGCAUGGAGGAGUUGCCAGCUGUCCAGAGCAUCUCCCAGGAGCUGCCUGCCCAGGCCAGUCUCCUUGGCCAGCCGGCCGAUGUCCCUGUGCUCUCAGGCCUCGACAAAGCAGUGUACACCCCUGUCCGAGCUCAAUAUCCCAUGGCUGGGUUUGUGCAAGGAGCUAACCUUUCCUCCCAUUCUGUGCAAGCACCAGACCAGCUUGACAGCCUCACUCCCAGGGGCUCCUCCCACCCUAGUGACCGGAACAAAGGACCUCAGCCCCAGAAAGAAGCUGUCUCAGGCCCCGUGGCUGGCAAACCAUUCCGCCCCCAGUCCUUAUCCAAAUAUUCCCGUCACUACAGCCCAGAAGAUGAGCCCAGUCCAGAAGCCCAGCCCAUUGCUGCCUAUAAAAUUGUUUCACAAACCAACAAGCAGUCGAUAGCUGGCUCUGUUUCCAUCACCUCCCUCUCCUCCAGGACUACGGAGCUGCCAGCUGCUGAUCCUUUUGCUUUAGCACCCUUCCCUUCAAAAGCAGGCAAGCCGAAACCUUAGGGGCAGGACCUGCGCCUUAGCCUCUGCUUCCACCCCACUCCCAGCUGAGCCUUCCCAAGGAGGAAUCAUCAAGUGUAAACUUUAUUCCCUGCGUCACAGCAGAACUGCUUCAGUCCACAAGCUCAGCUGCAGUGGUGCUCAGUUGAACCCCUUUAAGUUAUGCUCAUUUCUGUUGUCUGUUUUGAUUUCUGGACUCUCGGGACUUCCAUCUCCUUCGUGAGUGGAGGCCUUCCACCUCAACUCAGAACUCUGCUUCUUUUUUUUUCCUGCCCAGAAACUGUUGAAAUCCAGAAAACUGCACCCCACCCCCCAAAGGGGUCAUACUGCUUCUUUCACUUCCUGCAGCUCCUAUUCGAAUCCUGUUCAUUGAAGAAGCAAGAGUCCCUCUUGGACCUGAUUUACUCCUUUCGGGAAGGAAAUUUCUGGAAAGAAGAGAGAGAGAAAAAUCCUGCCUAUCAAGAGGAAGUGUAAUCCUGCAGCUACUAAUCAUUCCUGUAGAAGCAGCAGCCCUGGAAGGGUGUCCUGCUGCUGAGCCUGUGUGCGUGAGUGUCUGUAGCUGUGCAAUGUGCACCUGCUCCUCUCCUAUAGGAAACGUGCGAACGGGGCCAUCUGGCGGCUAGUCCUGUGGGCAGGGCCUUCCCCACCCCCACGCUUUGGAAGUUCGUGUGACUGCCAGAUGUGUGGGGGUGUGCACGUGUGCCCAGGGAGCUUUUUUCCUUUAGGUAACUCCUUUCCCACCAUGCUACCUCCACAAUCAAAGUACUCAUUUACUGGCAUUUGUCCGCUGGCCUCGCUGACUUGAGCCCUGUUUUUAUGUACAUGUGGUUUCUCAUGGCAAAACGGAGUACACAGGAAGGUACACAGACAUCCUGCUGGAACUGAAGUUUCACAGGGGACGUUUUCUCCAGAAUUUGCUCUUUGCUGUUAACAAAUUCCAUUUACCUAGUUUUGAAACAUUGAUUACCCCUUUCCAUUUUCCUCUUACAAGGACAGCAAAGAGCACCUUGUUGCUGUUCCAGCCACUGGGUAUCUGGACUCAGUGCCAUCCUUGUGGAAUUCAUUUUCAUGAGACGGUGGUUGCAGAGUAGGUUUGCCAGGGUUUUGGUUUUUCUUUUUCUUUCCAAAUCCUUGCCAUCUUUCUUUACUGCCUCUUGAGGAAAUGUAAAUCUUGAGACAUCUAAAUAAUGUCUGGGAGAAUGAUGUUAAAGUAGGUCAGACAGGUGACUGACUUAUGCCUUUGAAAGUGUCUUUUCUAUCUGGAAGAUCUGACUCAUUCCUAGCUUUUUUUUCAUACCCUUUCAUUUUUAGUGCCUUAACAUAAAAUCCACAUCUCAAUGGGAAGAUUUCUGCUGAGGAAAAAACUUAAUGGAAAGAGUGGCUGUAUCAAGUUCCAACUUGAAAGCUUCUGUGACUUCUAGUAAAUACUAGUGAUUCUCCAUUCGCUGGAGAAGUUCAGAGUUGCUUAACCAACUGGGUUAAUGACGCAGGAAUUACUGUAAUGAAUUAAGCCUAAAUGUGCAUGAUGCUCACUGAAGUUAAGGAUGUUGGCAGUAGAGUGGGAGCAACUACUUCUCAGCACUUUUUCUUUGUAGUUAGUCCCCACCUAUUUCAAAUGUCCAGCUUGCAAGAUGGCUAAACAACUGGCAGUGUUUCAGAGCUAGCAGCAAUGGCCCUCCAAUUUAGGUCUCAGCUGUUCCAGAAACUUGUGGCUUUCAGUUUGGUGGAUGCUAAACACACAUUCUAAGAGUUUGCUUUCUCCUAAUUUCUGAUUUUUCUCUGUAACUGUGCAUACAAAUUGUCUUUCCUUUGUAUGAAUGUUUUUGGCUGAGGUACAUGGAAAUCCCUCCUCCCCAACUCUUCCCAUGGUCUUUAUCAAGAGAUAGAAAUAAUUUAAGGAGACUUCUCAUCAGAAAUCAAAAACUCUUAAAGGUGGGAACUCAUUCUAAUUCAUUGUCAAAGACUCAGAUUACCUUGAUAACAGCCCUGGAAAAUGCUUUUCUUUUGUUUAUUUUAUCAGUCUCUCCUAAUCAAGUGGCCAUUUUUAAUUCUCAACAUACAAAUCAGAAUAAAGUCAUGACUUCAUUAUGCAGCUGAGUAAAUGUCAAGCAUGGGUUUAUAAUGCUCUUUAAAUUCUCCCUGGUGGUCCGGGAGGGGUGGAGACUCUGCAUACCUUCCCCAAAUAGAGAAAUGAAUGUAAAUGCACACAAAUUACUUCUGCCUCUUUCUUACUCAGUGAUGCAUAGGAAAAUGUUGACUUGUGGAGUGCAUUCAUUAGUAGCUAAUGAGCAGUGAGUUCUGCAGAUUUGUACUGCAGCAAGGCUUUAUUCCCUUGCUCCUGAACAUCUUGAGAUCACGCAGGGUAAGUGCAUAGUUUAAAGGUAAAACCUGAUCGCCAGAGGUCAUCCCGAAUCUUGAAAUCCGCGUAAUUUCACUGUAAGGGAUGCCAGGAAUGCUCCAGGUGCUGUGGAUUAGUAGCACAUGCAUGUUUCCAGCAAUUACACUGCAGCAAGCUAACGCUGAGGAGAAAAAGAAAAUAUAUAAUCCACAAAGCACCACACUUUCUUGUUUUCCUUUGUGUUAUGUGUUACUUGGUUUACACAUUUGAUGGGCAAUACAGGAACUUGGGACUUUUCAUUUCAGUGGAAAGCAAUGAGCCAGAAUAUAUUUGAAUGUAAAGCUUGGAGCCACAUCAUGUAUUGAUGAACUCUCAAAGAAUGCAUGUUAACUGACUCACAGGCACUAGCGGGUUAAUGAAAUUCUUUUAUGUGGGGGGGGGGGGAUUUUUGGCCAGUUUCGUGGCCUUACAUACAGCCCUUGGGUCCAAAACCUUGGUUAGAUUAGAAAUUGGAAUGGAGGCAGACCUUGUGGAGCAGCUGGUUAAAAUAAUGUUUCUGAAAAAGAAAAUGAGCAAAAUUUGAUGCUGACACAGAUGCUGACGAGCACCUAAGGGAAUGUAGAUCAGAAACCAUACUUCAUUUUGGGCCCACUUACUGUUAAGAGGAAUGUGUAAGCUGGUAUGUAUGUGUUUACUAGCUCAUGUUAUGUCUGAGCUUCCCUGGCAACCAAGAUUUCUCUACACUUCCAAGACAGACACUGAUACCUCACUGGCCCGUUAUUCAUUUAGUGCAUAUUAGAGUUGCGGGUAUUUUCAGUGUCAGCUAUUUGAUAUACAUUUAUUUCACUGAUCCAUAAAACUGCAGAUUUAAGUAUAAUCACCAGUGUGGUCUGAUAAUAGAAAUCUUGUGUUUUCUUCCAUAAAGAAAAAUAAUCAAGAUAUAUGUGUGAGAUCAAAUAAUAUGUAUGCCUUAUGUUAAGUAGGAAAUUUUAUCACAGGAAAUUAGAGAUGGGUGAGAUAGAAUGCACUCCCUAACAAGGAUAUGACCUUAAACAGGGUCACUUGGCUCCCUUUAAUAAAGAAAGAUGCUGUUCUCUACUGUGUCUUUCGAAUUGAAAUUGUGGCAUGCAUACAAAUUAACUUUGAAAUGGCUGCUGGUCACACAGAUGCAGUUUUAACUUGAGAAAUUUGGAGCCUAAAUGAUGGAGAGUCUCAGGAAAGACCUUAGCCUCUGAGAAGUCAGGAGCACCCUGUUGAUGUCUAGAGCUGCCCUCUGAGUUCUCAACUUCCAAGGAGUAGACAUGGAAGAUUUUAAAUGGAAUUGUGUAAUUUAAACUCUUCGUUUUCCAUUGCCUUUGUCAACCAAUACUUGUAGGUGGUUUUUAAACCAGCAGAAUAUUUGGACACAUGUUACUGAAAACUUCACUAAAGGAAAAGAAGAGAUCAAGAAGCUUGCAAAUAGGUAGAAUCUGGUUGGUCACUGUUUCACUCCAUGCCUGGAAGUCUUCCUGGCUUGCCUGCCUUCCUCUUUUGACUAUACAGCUGAACGAUCACGUUCAUUUUCAUUUGCCUCCCUUGCUGUUUUUAAACAGUUUCAUAUAGUUUCAGCCUAGCCAGUGACAAUCUCACCAAGUAAAAAUGAAGCGGCCCACCUUCCCCAUUUCUUAUAGAAAGGAUGAAGGAAGGUUGACAGGACCCCGGCCUUACUGUGGAGAGACCCCCUAACCCAGAGCAGCUCUCCACCUCCAUCUUACACAGCCUCAGAGUGCUUCAGAAUGCAAGGAAGUUCACAUGAGAAGGGACUGUAGCUGGUAAAAAUGGCUAAAUGUUAGCCACACAUGACUUAGUUCAGUGUUCUCAGAACUUGUAAUUCUAUGACUUUAGUCUGAGUUACAGCCCAGGAAUCUUUGAAGUAUGUGUGACACAGUUUUGAGUUUAUAGUAAUGGUGUUCUUGAAACGAGUCACUGUUACUUGCAUUGUGAUGGAGCUAUAUGUACAUGCUAAAAGGGUCUAUUUGAUUACCCUUGGGAACAAAUUGCAGAAAUGGUUUUUCCCAAUGUCAUUUAAAGUCGGGUGGGUUAGACUUGGGGAUCAGAGAAAAUGCAGCCUUUUCACUCUGAAAUGGCAAGUCAAUUGUAUUUUCUUAAGUCAACCAAAGAUUCCUGUUUGAGGGAUAUGAAUGGAGUGUGUGUGUAUGUGUGUGUGUGUGUGUAUGGCACAUGCAGCCUUACGCUUUGUUCCAUGGUGUUAAUUCAAGCCCUCCUAAUAAAGGCAUCCAAAGAAUACUGAGAAGUGACAGUAGGUAUUUGGCGUGAACAAAUUCUGUUCCCUUUGCCAAAAUGUUUCAGUUAGAACGGGAGUUAUUCUCAGUAAAGGUGGGGGAAAUAUGCCAUUGCUUAGCUUCUCUCUGGGGAGUGCGGAUGAAACUCAGGAGGGCAUGUGCUAAGGGCUCAUCAGUGUCAUUGGCAGGGCAGUAGUGACCAGAAUACCACAAGGCUUGCAAGAUGUUACUUUGAAUGAGGAAAUGUUCAACAUCAUUUGUUAGCAGACAGAAACCAAGACCAUGCUCAUUCCAUGUAGAUAAAAGUGACCUCCCUCUGCUGACUGUUACUGGAGUUGACUGAGUAAGGAGGUCUACCCAGCCAUAAGGAGUAUUGAGGUCUUCAGGCCUCAGAAAACAAUAGUGUAUAAAACAAUCUCAAGGGCUGUGAACGAGGGAAAGGAAGGGGAAAACAUUUGCAAAGUCAAUCUUAGUUCUUGCAAUACCUCUUCUUUGCAGACUGUGGGAUUCAUGUUAUUGCACUCUUGGUGUGAUCUAUCUUAUGUCUCUGAUAGUUUUUAUGCAUUGUUUGAGUUGUAAACUCCUGUAUACUUUAUUAAAAUGGACCUAAUCAAACCAUU